CCGUGGCUCAGUGCGCGAUGGAGCGGAAGCGUCCAGGCUUGACGUCAGGGGCGCGGAUGCCACAUCAGGGAGCUCCUAUGGGGCCUCCUGGACUUCCGUACGGAGGAACGGCCCCAGUGCGGCCAGUGAUGCCGAGUCCAGUGCUGGACCCCAACCGGAAACGUCCUACCCCCACCCCGCCUGUGCAAGCGCCCCCCGUCCAGAACCGGCCCAGAAGUGCUAAGAGAAGGAAAAUGGCAGACAAGAUUCUCCCUCAGAGGAUCCGUGAGCUGGUGCCUGAGUCACAGGCGUACAUGGACCUUCUGGCUUUUGAGCGCAAAUUGGACCAAACCAUUAUGAGAAAGCGGGUGGACAUCCAAGAGGCCCUGAAAAGACCCAUGAAGCAAAAACGGAAGCUCCGAUUGUACAUCUCCAACACUUUCAACCCCUCGAAGCCGGAUUCAGACGACUCCGAGGGCAGCAUUGCAUCCUGGGAACUAAGAGUAGAAGGAAAACUGCUCGAUGAUCCUGGAAAGCAGAAGAGGAAGUUUUCGUCUUUCUUCAAGAGUUUGGUUAUUGAGCUGGACAAAGACCUAUACGGCCCUGAUAACCACUUAGUGGAGUGGCACCGCACUCCUACAACCCAGGAGACAGAUGGCUUCCAGGUGAAGAGGCCAGGAGAUGUCAAUGUGCGAUGCACUCUGCUCCUCAUGCUGGAUUACCAGCCCCCCCAGUUUAAACUGGAUCCCAGGCUUGCUCGCGUGCUGGGUAUCCACACGCAUGCCCGUUCCUGCAUCAUCCAGGCCCUGUGGCAGUACAUCAAGACCAACAAGCUGCAGGACUCCCAUGAGAAGGAGUACAUCAACUGUGACAAGUACUUCCAGCAGAUCUUUGACUGCCCACGUCUGAAGUUUUGUGAGAUCCCACAGCGGCUCACCAACCUGCUGCUGCCAGCCGACCCAAUUGUAAUCAACCACGUCAUCAGCGUGGAUCCUAGUGAUCACAAGAAGACGGCCUGUUAUGAUAUAGACGUUGAGGUAGAUGAUCCUCUGAAGACUCAAAUGAGUGGCUUUCUGUUGUCAACUGCUAAUCAGCAGGAGAUAGCAUCACUUGAGAACAAGAUCCAUGAGACCAUUGAGUCCAUCAACCAGCUGAAGAUUCAGAGAGAUUUCAUGCUCAGUUUCUCAAGGGAUCCCAAGGGCUACAUCCAGGACUGGAUCUGUUCCCAGAACCGGGACCUUAAGCUAAUGACAGACGUGUUGGGGAGUCCUGAGGCAGAGCGCAAGGCUGAGUUUUAUAACCAGCCCUGGUCCCAGGAGGCUGUCAGUCGCUACUUCUACUGCAAGAUCCAGCAACGAAGGCAGGAGCUUGAGCAGGCCUUGGCCAUGCGGACCACUUAAAUGAACAUCAGUCAGUUCCAGCGUGGCUCUUCAACAACCAGCCAAGAAACCUGCAGAACUCUAAACUAGUGAUGAAUUUUCAACAUACUGGGCAGCAAGAUUCUUAUCUUUGAACAGUAAGAAACACUGUUGGCCAAAAAGGUGUAAUGUACAGUUUGUAUAUGUUUUGAAUUGAUGUAGUUUUGAAUAAUGAGUUAUAUAUAUAUGUGUGUGUGUGUGUGUGUGUGUGUGUGUGUGUGUGUGUGUGUGUGUGUGUGUGUGUGUGAACAUUUUAACAUUUUGAAUACCAGGUUGUCUAAAAAUUCCAAUGCCACAGAGCAGAGAAACAUCGGCCUAUGUCCAAACCAUUUUAAUGACUGCAUGACAAUGAGUCAAACGUGUCCUUUUUGACUGAAAGCUUUACAUUGCACAAUAUCAUCUGUCUCCUGUGCUAAAGAAUGAUUUGAAGCUUUGAAGCCUUGGGCAGUGUGAAAAGGGAUGUGUACUAUGAGGUCUGUACUAUGAGGUCUGUACUAUGAGGUCUGUACUAUGGGGUCUGUAUUAUGAGGUCUACAUUAUGAGAUCUGUACUAUGAGGUAUGAAUUUUCCAGGGAUACGUUUGUUUUGUUAGCUGACUGUAUUUGUGUACCUUAAACAAAUGUGAAUAUGUCUGAACAGGUGUUGGAUGUCUGAACAGGUGUUGGAUGUAUGAACAGGUGUUGGAUGUAUGAACAGGUGUUGGAUGUCUGAACAGGUGUUGGAUGUAUGAACAGGUGUUGGAUGUAUGAACAGGUGUUGGAUGUCUGAACAGGUGUUGGAUGAUUCAGUCACUUUAUCCUCAUCUUUGUUCUUUAUCUGUUGUGUCCAUGAACUGAAGCACUGUGUGGACUUUUGAAUGAACCAGAUAUUAUUUAUGAAUAUGUGGAUCAUAUCUUCCAUCACCUACUAGUAUUCUGCAGAUAACAGACAGCUGACUUAACUGAAAUGCAUUUUCAGUGUGUUACUGUCAGGUAUUGUGAGCACAUGUACAGGGAAGCCUGGUAGAACAAUGUAGAAGGAAAUACUCUGAUAAUUUAGCCCUUGUUUCUUUAAGACCAGGACAUUUAAAUGUACUUUUGUCAAAGGCUUUAAUUCCAGUGAAAUUAAUUAUGGACAAAAUAUUGUAAUGUGACACUAUGGAGAAAUUAUAGUAAAAUAAUGUCUGGUUUUAAAAACAGCAGAGUAUGCUGCUUGGGAACAUACAUACAGGCCUGAUUUUCUGAAACACCUUCACAUGCAUCAACUUAUAAGCUCACAGAGGCCACAGAGGAAGCAUUAACCAAAGUUAAUGUAGUUAAUCCUGUUUUUACUGUCAUUAUUACAUAUUUUAUUUGAGGGGGCAGGGUCUCAACUAUUGAUCUAUUUCAUUACGUCUACAUAAACUCAGACACGUUACGUGUGGCCUUGGAGAAGAGAAUUGAGACAGCCCCACCUACUUAAUUAUUUGCUGGCUGUCAUGAAAACAAUGUUAAUGUGGUCUCAAAGAGGUGUUUGUCACAUAAACAGUUACAGAUGUAAUAUAUGAUAUGUAUUAGUUGGCUAGACAUUAAGACUAAUGAAAUGUCUUGCAUGAUUGCCAGAACCUGGGACACUUAGUCCUGUAACUAGUCCUGCAACUACUUUUAAAGGUUCAGGAUGUUUAUUUAUUAUUAUGCUCUUUAUUUAUGUUUAAACGAUUAUGUGGUCUCAUGUCAUAAACAUUUGAUAUGUGUAAAUA